UUGCAGAGGCAAGAAAAGCCCCGGCAGGAUCAGUCACAGGAGAGGAAUGGUCACUGAAACUCAUCCGUUUCAUUCAGGACUCGAAUUAGAACCUUUUGGACGCAACUUUGGAGAUUUGUCCAUUCAACAAUUCUGAACUCGGAACUCUACUGAUACUUCACUGGACUUUAUUUUGACCACAUUGGGCUGCAUUGGACUUUCAAGGCUGUGCCACCGUUCUGUGUUGGUUUGUUUUAGUUUUGAAAUCAAUCUCACUGUGGCUGCAGAGCUGAUGAAUGGAGUCUGACUGAUUCUGCAUCGAAGGACUGUUUGCCGAAAGGUUUGAGUAAUCAGGCAUACAUUUUGGAAUAAUCUGUCUCAGAUCACAAUUAGACCAGAUUAUUUAUUCAAACAAACAAACAGGGUAGAAAAGUCAACAUUGGCAAGUUGACAUUAAUUUAAUUGAGGCGGUUGCAUUUUUGUCCGAUUUAUUUGGACAGGAGGCCAGAAAAUAUUCAUUUAUUAGGUUAUUUAUUUUGACAGUAAGGCUGCGGCACUCAUUUGAAUGUUGGUCUAGUUAAAAACUCAUGUCUCCGUGGAGGAUGCAAAAGACCAGGAGCAGUAGCAGCUGCAGCUGCAGCAGCAUGAGUCUCCUGUGUAUUCUGCUGCUGACCAUCUAUCUGGCUCCUGGAAGCCACGGCCAGAGGCUGAGGGAGACGGAGGGGGAUCAGCAAGCAGCCAGGGCUCAGCUGGCAGAGGAGGAUGCCGUCUGCCACCAGGAGGGAUGCUACGCUGUCUUCCUCCAGAAGAGGGCCUUCAGGGAGGCUGGGAGGAGCUGCCGGGAGCGAGGUGGGACCCUGGCGACCAUGCAUACCCAAGAGGCAGCGGGUGUGGUCCAUGAUCUGCUGUCGGCUUUGGAGUCGCAGGGGACCAGGUCAAGGCUUCGUCUGUGGAUCGGGCUGCACAGACCUCCACGCCAGUGUUCAACCACUCGACCACUCAGAGGAUUCGUCUGGGUUACAGGAGACCAGGAUGGCCAGUUCACCAACUGGCUCCGUGAAGACACCCCCGGGACGUGUGCCGCCCCUCGCUGUGUGGCCAUGACUGUCCACACUACAGAUGCUGGACGAGACAGCAGCGACAACUUCCAGUGGCUUGAUGGCUCCUGCGCCCUGCCGCUGGAUGGAUACGUUUGCCAGUACAACUACAGAGGAAUGUGUCCACCGCUGGAGGACGAGGGGAACGGUCCAGCUGUUUACACCACCCCAUUUCACCUUGUCAGCACCCUGCUGACUCAUGUGCCUUAUGGCUCUGUAGCUGCUCUGCCGUGUCCUGCAGACAGUUCGGACCCGGAUGCUCCUGCUGAGCAAACCAUACUGUGUAUGGAGAGAGAUGACAAGACAGUGGGCUGGUCCAGGGAUGCGCCGCUCUGCUCUCUCAGUGCAGCUCCAAAGAACCUGGACUGGUGUAGCGGGGAUCAUGGAUGUGACCAUUUCUGCCAGAACACAGAUAACGACUACUACUGCUACUGCUCUGAGGGCUUCACAAUAGAUGAGGACGGGUACACCUGCAAGCCCGACCCUCUCAGCCCAACCGACCCCCCUGAGUUGUCCUCCGACUCCGCUGGUCCCACCGACCAAACCCAAAUGAACGAAGCCUGCCUGAAGAUGGGGUGCGAGUACAACUGUGUGGAGACACAGAGGGGCAUCCGCUGCACGUGCCCCCCGGGUUACCAGAUGGCCCCAGAUGGCCGCAAAUGUUCUGAUGUAGACGAAUGCCGGCAGCAGCCAUGCCCGCAACAAUGUGUCAACAUCCCAGGCACCUUCCACUGCACCUGCCACUCGGGCUACCAGCAGGACGAUGAGGGGGAGUGCGUGGACGUCGAUGAGUGCCUCGAUGAGGGCAGCUGUGAAGGCACUUGUGAGAACACUGUGGGCUCCUUCACAUGCCUUUGUAACCCUGGGUAUGAAAUGGUCAGUGGAGGAGAGUGUGUAGAUGUGGACGAGUGUGUUGGGGAGUCGCCCUGCCAGCAACAGUGUCUGAAUUAUAUGGGAGGGUACCAGUGUUACUGUGACAACGGCUAUGACAUGCAGACAGAUGGACUUACUUGCCUGCCUUCACCAGAUGAUGAAGAAUAUUCCACUUUGACCCCUGACCCAAGCGACUCGGCUCACCUACCAGAUGUGGACCCUGACCAAGAUGAUCCAUGGUCCAUUUCUUUCGCCCCGGAUCCAAACUUUGAAGCUGAAACUAACUCUGACGCUUUAUGGUUUACGGAAGCCCCCGAAGGACUCUCUCCUGACCUGGCUCAAGGGGGAGACAAUCACUUGAACCAAUGGGAUGCCCUGUCACCACAGCAAGAUCAGACGGACCCGUCCCCCACGCAAAAACACAACACGGGCAAUGAAAUCGAUAAUGAGGCUAAGACAGGAGGUAGAGAGGCUAAUGGUGGGGUGGGAACUGAGACUGAAAACGGGGCGGCCACUGGGAAUGGGGACAGAUCUAAGAUGGACAGUGCAGAGGAUGUCAGCGGCUCGGCGGAGGUGGGAGAUGACUCCGAUCCGCGUACACAGAAACCUGACAAGAGCUGGCUGCUGGUUGCCCUGCUGGUGCCUCUGUGUGUGUUCCUUGUAGUGAUGCUGGCCUUGGGGAUUGUCUACUGCACCAGCUGUGCGGUGGACAAGAGCCUGAGCUUCUCAAACUGCUAUCGCUGGGUACUCCCUACACCUCCUCCUGACAGGAGGAAUGGCAAAACCCAAGCAUGAACCCUAAAAUAAGCAAACAAAGAAGCACAUGCAUACACACACACACACACACACACAGAUGUGCUGACUGUCCAGAUGUCUGCUAACAUUUCUCUUAUGGUACAGGACUGGUCAUCGAAGCUACCAUUUUGGAUAUAGUACAGCUGACCGGCCUCGCCCUCAUCAAGGAAAACUUAAUUCUUUCUGCUGCACACUCUUUGUAAAUAAGUCACUCUUUCAUCAUGUUUUUAAAAUUCAAUAAAACCAUGAAACUGGUGAAA